CUGCGGCGGUCCGACUGCGAGAGCGGCGGCGGCGGCGCGGGGCUUCUGUGGGCGUCGCUUGGCCGAGACCAUGGCUGGAGGCAAAGCUGGAAAAGACAGUGGGAAGGCCAAGGCUAAGGCAGUGUCUCGCUCCCAGAGAGCUGGGCUCCAGGUAUUGGAGUUGGCAGGUAAUGCUUCUAAAGAUCUCAAGGUAAAGCGCAUCACUCCACGUCACUUACAGCUUGCAAUCCGAGGUGACGAAGAGUUGGACUCACUUAUCAAGGCUACCAUAGCCGGGGGCGGUGUGAUCCCGCAUAUCCACAAGUCUCUGAUCGGAAAGAAGGGGCAGCAGAAAACUGCUUAGGACGUGAGUCACUGACCUGCUCUCCUCACUGUCUAUGACUAGGGCAGAGGGUACCAGUGCGCUGUGUGGAAAAGCAUAGACAAUUGCUGUAGACGAGAUAAAAGAUACAUUUGUAUGUUUUUAGACUCUGAAAGUAUGAUAAGUCCCCUUUACCUGUGGUCACAGUCAUGUGUUGAUUGGCCAGGUUUCUUCCUUGUAUUUUAUACAAAAAUAGAAUUGAUAAAACAUUUUUUACAAAAGUAA